AUGUGACCAGAAAUAGCAGAAACCUCAUCACGUGACCAAAUAUUAUCUCAAACAAACUAAAAGCCCAAUUUAAAACUAUUACUUAAAGAUGUUGUUUCUUCUAGUGGCCAUAAACUUGUUUAUUUAUAUAGAAUGUCAAGUUUUAUAUCAACAGCCGGAACAAGUACAUAUAUCAAUUGGUAAUAAUGCUUCAGAAAUGUACGUAAGUUGGGUAACAAUGAAUGACACUAAGAAUUCAUUUGUACAAUACGGACUUUAUUCUCUCCGAGACUUGAAUCUGAAGGCGGUAGGAUCAAGUUCUAAAUUUGUCGAUGGAGGCUCUCAAAAACGAACAAUGUUUAUACACCGUGUGAAAUUAACAAAUUUAAAAGCAGAUACAGUUUAUACUUAUAAUGUAGGAUCAAAUUCUGGAUGGAGUGAUAUAUUCUUUUUUAAAACAUGGCGAACGGAUCCUAACUGGAGUCCAAGAUUUGCUAUCUACGGUGAUAUGGGGAAUUCAAAUGCUCAAUCUCUAGCUAGACUUCAGCAAGAAACAAGAAAAAAUUUUUACGACGCAAUUCUACAUGUUGGAGAUUUUGCUUAUGAUAUGGAUUCGGACAAUGCAAGAGUUGGUGAUCAAUUCAUGAGACAAAUCGAAUCUAUUGCCGCCUAUGUUCCAUAUAUGACCUGCCCUGGUAAUCAUGAACAAGCAUAUAACUUUAGCAAUUAUAGAUUUCGUUUUGGUAUGCCUCGAAAUGGUGAUGGCGAAUCAAUAUAUUACAGCUAUGACGUGGGUCCAGUUCAUAUUAUAAGCUUUUCAACCGAAGUAUAUUUCUAUCUUCAAUAUGGAACACAACAAAUUAGAAAUCAAUUUGCCUGGCUGGAACAGGACCUAAUUAAAGCUAACAAGAACAGAGCAGAAAGACCAUGGAUAGUUACCAUGGCUCACAGGCCUAUGUACUGUUCGAACAAUGAUAAUGAUGAUUGUUCAAAGUACGAAAGUAUAAUAAGAACAGGUUUACCUUAUCUAGGGUAUGGAUUAGAAGAUCUCUUCUAUCAAUAUGGUGUAGAUGUUAUGAUUUGGGCUCAUGAACAUUCGUAUGAGAGACUGUGGCCAAUCUACGAUAGGACAGUUUGCAAUGGGAGUUUAGCUCAACCCUAUAUUGAACCAGGAGCCCCAAUUCACAUCACAACGGGAUCAGCAGGCUGCAGAGAAAGACAUGACGGAUUCAUACCGAUUCAACCUUACAUGACAGCCUUUAGGUCAGACGACUAUGGAUACACAAGAAUGCAAUUUUUCAACAGCAGUCACGCAUAUUUCGAGCAAGUCUCUGAUGAUAAAAAAGGAGAAAUAAUUGAUAAAACUUGGAUAGUUAAAAGCAAACAUGGUAUUUAUUCCUACGCUGAUAAUUCUGGCAAGUGUAAAGGUUCUUUGCCUGAAAAUCCAUAAAAAUGAACUAUUUACAAUUCUUUAUCAGUUUAAAAGUUUACUCAAUAAAACAUUCUAU